GCAGGGCUCCGGUUACAGCCCUAUAAAGGGGGCCGGGGCGCAGGGCCGGGAGGGAGCAGUGCUGGGGUCUUCGCAGCCCUGUGGCCAUGGGGAGCAGCACUUUCACCCUGGUCCUCGCCCUGGUGAUGUGCGUCACCCCUGCAGCGUGCGUCACCCCCGCGGAGAGGAAGUGCCAGCUCAGCGGGCUGUGGAGGAACGAGCAGGACUCUCUGAUGGAGAUUUCAUCCGUGAGAGACAACGGGGACUUCCAGGGGAAAUACCUCACGCGGGUCACCCUCGCCGGCGGCUGCGCCCGCGCCUCCCCCCUGAAGGGUGCCCAGCAGCAGCCUGGCGAGGGGGGCUGGCCCACCUUCGCCUUCACCGUGCGCUGGGACAAGUUCUCCAAUGCCACCACCGCCUUCACGGGGCAGUGCUUCGUGGACACUGGCGGGAAGGAGACGCUGACCACCAUGUGGCUGCUGCGUGAAGCCGUCGAGUCCCUUGAGGAGGACUGGAAAGCCACGAGGGUGGGCAGAAACAUCUUCACACGCAAACGCACGCCAAAAGGAAUGAUCCUGCCGAGCUUGUCCCCAUCCUGUGAGGACACAGCUUCACCUGUGCCAUGA